AUGUUUUGGGAAGAGCUCAUCAAAGUGAUCUGGUUUAAUUUUGAUGGUCCUUGGCUGCCACAGGCUUAUUUAUUCACCAAUGACUUCUAUGAAAAUUUAAUGCAAAAUUGGCAUGUUAGACCACCACCAUGGAGCGGUAAUAAACAAUAUCAAGAUGAUGAAACAAAUGAACUUAUGAUGACACCAUCAGAUAUGACACUUAAAGAAUAUCCAGAGUUUCUUAAAUAUACAAAAAUUUAUGCUAAAGAUCAAGAUGCUUGGUUUAGAGAUUUUGCACCAGCAUACACAAAGUUGUUAGAGUUAGGUAUUACAUAUCCUGAGGAUCAGAAACCAAUGGUGUUUAAAACAUUAGAUGAACAAGCUAAUUAA